AUGGCUGCUCGGCCGCGGAGGCAUGUUUCUCGGAUUGCAAAGCAGCCACGGGGUGACUUCUGUGAUGGGACUAAGAAAGCGAUUAAUGAACCUUCUUUUGCGACUUCCAUGGAGUGGGACACGCAGGUGGUGAAAGGGUCUUCGUCGGUCGGCCCCGCAGGGCUGGGGUUGGAGGAGCUGCAGUUCCGCCCGCGGCUGCCGCGAUGGCUGCAGCCUGAGAGGUGCGCGGUGUUCCAGUGCGCGCAGUGCCACGCCGUGCUCGCUGACUCUGUGCAUCUCGCCUGGGACCUCUCGCGGUCCCUCGGGGCCGUGGUCUUCUCCAGAGUCACAAAUAAUGUAGUUUUGGAGCCUCAGUUCCAAGUUGGCGUUGAAGGUUCGCUCAAAGGCAGCACUUACAACCUUUUAUUAUGUAGUUCCUGUGAGAUUCCCAUUGGUUUCCACCUAUAUUCUACCCAUACUGCCCUGGCUGCCUUGAGAGGCCACUUCUGCCUUUCCAGUGAUAAAAUGGUGUGCUACCUCUUAAAAACGAAAGCCAUAGUAAAUGCAUCUGAGAUGGAUCUCCACAUCGUCCCUCUACCAGAAAAGGUUGCAGAGCUGAAAGAGAAGAUAAUCUUAACACAUACUCGCUUAAAUUCACUCAUGAAAAUUCUGAAGAAAGUGCCUCCUGACCAGUCCAAGCAAACAAAGUAAUUCAGAAUCAGA